AUGUCAGACAAGAACACUGUACACCAAAUUACGAAUACUCCUACGAAGCCGGACAUCCAAUCAAUCGUCGACCGCAUCAAGAAUGGCCAAGCCACACGAAUAGUCGCCUUAACUGGCGCCGGUAUCAGUACCGGCGCAGGAAUCCCAGACUUCAGAUCUCCGACCACAGGCCUCUAUGACAAGCUUGCACCAUUGGGUCUUCCAUACCCGGAGGCGAUCUUUCACAUCAACUACUUCUCGCACACGCCUGAGCCAUUCUAUGCGAUCGCACGGGCAAGACAUCCGGGCAAUCUUAAGCCAACGGUGACGCAUGCUUUUCUAGCAUUGCUAGCCAAGAAGAAUUUGCUGCAUUUUCUCUUCACUCAGAAUAUCGACGGGCUUGAACAGGAUGCCGGGGUCCCCGCGGAUAAAGUUCUGUGGGCGCAUGGUAACUGGAAGAGUCAGCACUGCUAUAAAUGCAAGGCGCAUUAUCCUGACGAUCUGAUGAGGAAGGCUAUCGGAGCGGGCGAGGUGCCUUAUUGUCUACAGGAUGGAUGUGGUGGUGCAGUGAAGCCUGACGUUGUAUUCUUCGGGCAGUCCUUGCCAGUCGAGUUCGAGAAAAGACAAAAGGAGGUUCUCGAGGCGGACUUGAUGCUUGUAAUGGGGACGAGCUUGAAAGUGGCACCUUGCUCACGUUUGCCGCGCUUGGUUAGAGAGAGCGUUCCACGCAUUUUGAUCAACAAUGAGAAAGCGGGCGAUCUUGGAAAUCGUGGUGAGGAUGUUUGCAUCCUUGGGACGUGUGACGAUGGUGUUCGUCAGUUGGCCGAUGCGCUAGGUUGGAGGGAAGAAUUGGAGACUCUUUGGGCUGAUGCAGUCUCUGCUAAGAAGAAUGAGGACAUGUUUGAGAGCGGUCCCAGUCUGGAGGAAUGCAUUGAACGAUAUGCAAGUACUUUGGACAAAAUGAAGGUAUCGGAUGGGCACAAACGAAUGUUGGAAAAGCAUCUUAACAGCAAAUUAACCCAGAUAAUGGCUAAGAAGCCUGUUUCAAAUUAA